AUGAGCUGGGGGGGCCUGUACGCUCAGCUGGGCGGAGUAAACAAACACUCGACGAGCCUGGGCAAAAUCUGGCUCUCGGUGCUGUUCAUCUUCAGAAUCACCAUCUUGGUGCUGGCGGCAGAGAGUGUGUGGGGAGACGAGCAGUCUGACUUCACGUGCAACACGCAGCAGCCCGGCUGCAAGAACGUCUGCUAUGACCACUUCUUCCCCGUGUCUCACAUCCGCAUGUGGUGCCUUCAGCUGAUCUUCGUGUCCACGCCCGCCCUGCUGGUGGCCAUGCACGUAGCCUACAGGAAGCGCGGGGACAAGAGGAGCAUGCUGGCCUCCAACGGCACCGAGAAGAUGUCCGACACAGAGCUGGAGACGCUGAAGAAGAGAAGGCUGCCCAUCACAGGUCCUCUGUGGUGGACCUACACCUGCAGCCUGUUCUUCAGGCUCAUCUUUGAAGGCGGCUUCAUGUACGCACUCUACUUUGUCUACGAUGGCUUCCAGAUGCCCCGCCUAGUCAAGUGUGAACAGUGGCCCUGUCCCAACAAAGUGGACUGUUUCAUCUCCCGCCCCACGGAGAAGACGGUCUUCACCAUCUUCAUGGUGUCCUCCUCUGCAAUCUGCAUGGUUCUCAAUGUGGCCGAGCUGUGCUAUCUGAUUGUCAAAGCUCUGCUCAGGUGCUCCGCCAGGAACAGCCGGAGGAACCAGCCUCGAUACAGCCCCCAGGAUAGCCUCGCCCGGGACACUACACUGCUGCAGAACCAGAAGAAUGAGAUGCUCCUGUCCUCCUCUGUGGACUCCUCCAACAAGACCAUGUGCUGAAAGCUGAGAGCAGAGGACGAGCAGAGGAAGAGCUGAGAGAAGACGAGAGGAGCACAGGAGCACAGGAGAGAAGAUCUAAGGAGGAGAGGAGCAGAAAGCAGAGGAGGAGAGGAGAGAGGAGGUGAGGAGCAGAGGAGAGAUCUGAGCAGCUGAGGCCUUUGAGUCAGAUCUUAGAUAAAUCCUCUUCUUCUCUCCUCCUCCCCGAUAAGCUGCACUUUAGUCCCACAGUGUCCUCCUCUCCUCCCCUCGUUCCCUCCUCUGUCCACACAUACGUCUGCCUUUUUAUAUACAAAUGUGCCUUUGCUGACUCCUAGUGUCCAGAUGGUGGAAAUGUUCCUGAGCUUGACCUCCAUCUCAGAGGCAGUGCACACAGUUGGAGAUCUGUAUGUUGUUUCUUUCUCAUUUUAGAGCGCAGUACCUGACUUUGACUGUGUUGAAACGGUGUUAUGAAAAAUAGAGAAGAGGAAGCCUUUAAAGCUAAAUGACGUGUGUGAAAUACUAUGAGAUCACAUUUACUCAGAAAAGCUACUGAAGAAGUUUCAACUCCUCUAAAGCAGAAAGCAGAGCAAAUGCUCAGUUAGUCAUGUACCUUGUCUGCAGUGCCACUUGUGUUUUGCAUUGUUUAACUCUAGUUGCAUAUUUUAAGCAGCUUUAAGAUAGACUAACACCAUAAAACAAGAUUGUUUUGUUGUUGAAACAGUUGCUGAGUGUGUGCAGAUUUGCGGUGAUUUGGUUUUCUUAAUAUGAAGUUUGCAGUGUUAGAAUUAGAGACAGACCAGUAAAACAUCAGGCUGAUACUUAUACUUUUUAGCAUAUCAGCUGUUGACCUUCAAUCUUUAAGACAAGGGCCAUAAAACAGGAUGGUGGGUGAGUUUGUUGUAAAUUCAAAUAAUAUAAAUGGGCCCAUAUAUAUUGGCUUCUUUAGAGUCUAAACUUUUGGUAUCGACCAUGAAAAAGCCCAUGUGGGUCGAGGUCUCGUCUCCAUCAGCUCUGCUAAAAG